GCGAGGGAUAAUUAGGGCAACAGGAAAAAUAUGAGGCUGGAAAAAUGCUGGUUCUGUUCUUCUACAAUUUACCCGGGCCAUGGGAUUCAGUAUGUUCGUAAUGAUGCGAAGAUCUUUAGAUUUUGUCGAUCCAAAUGCCAUAAGAACUUCAAAAUGAAGAGGAAUCCCCGGAAAGUAAAAUGGACGAAGGCUUACAGACGGUUGCACGGAAAGGACAUGACACAGGAUUCGACCUUUGUUGAGAGGAAGCGGAAUAGACCUGAGAGAUACGACAGGAAUGUGACUGAGAACACUCUCAAGGCCAUCAAGAAAAUCGACAAAGUCAGAGUUGACAGAGAGGCCAGACACAUUGCUAAGAGACUGAAGCCGAAGAAGGCCCAGUUGCAGAGGGAGGCAGCAAGGGACCUGGAACGGAGCAUUUCAAUGGUCAAAGCUCCAGGAGCUCUUCUACGAGAUCCCUCACUCACCUUACCUAUCAAGGUCAAGGUUUCCCAACCGGAGACGGUGGAAAAUUGUAUGGAGGAGUGAGUUUGGCCCACCUUCACUUUUGUUCACAAUUAAAUGAGGUCCAUGUACUCGAAGAGGUAUUCAUUAAGGUUCAUAUCAGUAGAAAUGAAUCAUUCGACAUUACAACUUAUUUAAAUAGGAAUUCAUCUUGUUCGUUACUUA